UUCAGCACUCUGGUGAUGGUCACGAGACAUACAUGUAAAAAAAAAAAAAAACUCUUUGGACCAUUUCUUUUAAAGAGAGUUUGGACACCCUGCGAAGAUGCUAUAUGUGAGGUUGUGACGGAUGAGAUGUCAUGAGGACACAGAAGGCUGUCUCCAAGGAGUAUGGGAUACUCAUCUUUUUGUGGAUUUUGUGGAUGCCAAAGGAUCGACAUGAUUCUAUCAGUCUCAAGUGUUUGAGGACUUUUUAAGACAGUCCACCAUGUUUAAACGGUGGCUUUUAGCACUGUUGGCCCGUGUUGGCCUCAUUGUGUUGGGCCUCUGCAGCUGUCUGUUCCUGUUCUACUUGCUGGCCUGUAAACCAAAGUCUCAUAGCAGUGAGCAGCCUCUGCUGUGGACUGGAGGGACCACCAGUAAGGAGGGAUACCUGACCUUGUUACAGGAGAGAGAGGACUCUCACAGACAUUACAUCAACAGCCUGACAAAGCAGAUAGCCCAGCUGAAAGAGGCGCUCCAGGAGAGGACGCUGCAGCUUCAGGAGUCCCUGGAUAAAGCAAAAACUAAAGGGAUUCUGCCUCAAGGUCUGGAGAGUCUGCACAAAACUCCAACGCAGUCUGACCUCAAGGAGUUCUUUCGCUCCCAGCUGAACCAGGCGGAGGUGAACUCAGGUGUUAAGCUGCCCAGUGAAUAUGCAGUGAUUCCUUAUGACACUUUCACCGUGCACAGAGUGUACCAGCUGGAGACGGGUCUGACCAGGCACCCAGAGGAGAGGCCUGUUAGAAGAGACCGCAGGGAUGAGCUCAUUGGCACGGUGGAAACUGCUCUGCAUGCCCUGAAUGGACCUCAGCAGCACACAGACAGCAACAGGAGGAAGCGCACAUACUCCCCUUCAGAUUUCAUACAGGGGUUGACUCGCACAGAGCGGGACAGAGGAAGUGUUUACGAGCUGAUGUUUAAAGGCGAUGGGCCGCAGGACUUCACACAGCUCGUGCUCUUCAGGCCGUUCGGUCCAGUGGUGAAAGUGAAGAGCCACAGUGUGGAUACAAGCCACAUGCUCAUCAACAUAAUCGUACCUCUUUCAAAGAGGUCUGAAGCAUUCAGGCAGUUCAUUCACAAUUUCAGGGAAGUGUGCAUCAAGCAGGAUGGCAGGGUUCAUCUCACCGUGGUCUACUUUGGUCGAGAUCAGAUAGAUCAGGUGAAAGCCAUGCUGGACCAAACCCACAGAGAGACUCGUUUCAGAGGCUUCACUUUGAUCCAGCUGAAUGAGGAGUUUUCUCGUGGCCGUGGCUUAGACGUGGGCACCAGGGCUUGGAGGCGAAGCCAGAAUGUUCUGCUCUUCUUCUGUGAUGUCGACAUCCACUUCACCGCUGACUUUUUAACUUCUUGUCGUCUCAAUGCAGAGCCUGGUAAGAGAGUGUACUAUCCGGUGCUCUUCAGCCAGUAUAAUCCAGCCAUCAUCUACAGUAAUCACACACUCUUACCUUCUGUUCAACAACAACUGGUGAUAAGGAAGGAAAGUGGAUUCUGGAGAGAUUUUGGGUUUGGCAUGACAUGCCAGUACAGGUCUGACUUCAUGAACAUAGGCGGUUUUGACCGUAACAUCAAAGGUUGGGGCUUGGAGGACGUGCACCUGUACAGGAAGUACCUUCACAGUAAACUGAUGGUGAUCCGCGCUCCGUCUCGAGGCCUCUUCCACCUGUGGCACGAGAAGAACUGUGCAGACGAGCUUCCUCCAGACAAGUACAAAAUGUGUAUGCAGACCAAAGCCAUGAGCGAGGCCUCGCACGGCCAGCUGGGGGAGCUGUUCUUCAGACGAGAGAUUGAGCAACAUUUGAACUAUCAGAAGCAGACAAACACGUUGAAGAAAAGAUAGUUUAGUUAUUGUGAUGUUAUGAGUCAUUGUUUUGUUUACUCUCGCUCUAGUGGCUGUGAUUAUUUAUGUUGACUGACCAUAACCUUCUUCAGGUUCAAACAAAAGCUGAUCUACGAUGAUUAAUGUUCUCCAUUUGGACACAUCAAACUUAUGAUGACAA